AGCGUUGGCUGCUGGUUCGAGUCGAGGCCACACUUUCAAAGCCAGGGUGCCAGGGUACGGCUAGCGCAGACUUCACGUCAUUGAACUCCGACUUGCACAUCAGAUCUUCGAGCGCGUAGAGCUGCGUUUCUAGAGCAUCCACCCCCUACUUUUCUUCAAACCUCAAUUUCCAUCAUACUUCAUAAUGUCUGAGGAAGCAAAGAAGUCAACGCUGCAAUCGCUGCGCAACUGGGGUGAAAACUCAGUUCCUCCCACUCUCCUUGCUACUUUAAUUUCGGCCCAACAUGCGCGCCCGUUCCAGCCGCUUCCCAUGAUGUUCGCGCCAAUGCUGUUGUUCUCGUCCUACCUGAACUUGAGCAACUACAAGACUGAUGCGGCUGGUAUCACAGCUGCAUGGAGCGGUCUGUAUGGUCUGUUGGCACUGAGGAGAAGCCAGAAACUGAGGAACAAGUUCACAGUCCGAGGUGCCGUAAGGGGCGCAUCUCUGGCUCUCUGUGCAGUCAAUGUGGUUGGCUGUGGAUUGGCAUACACAUUUGGCAAGCGCGAGAAGGACGAGAAGACGACAUGAGGGCUGCUGUAUGCAAUACUGGAAACUCAGUCGAUGUAUGAUACAAUAAACCGCGCCAAAGGGAGCGUAACAGGAGUGUAAAAUAAUACAGGCUUCAUCAAUAUGC